AUGGCAACCGCCGAGAAACCCAAAGAACAGCAGAAACAGCCUCAAAUAGAGGAGGAAAACGAUUAUUCCGACGACUAUUCGUCCGAUGACUACUCCGAUGAAGAAUACGAGACAGAUGACUACGAGGUCUCGGGAGACGAGCACGAUUCCAAGCCGCAGAACCCCCAACAACGUCGUCGCCAACAACAACAACAACCGCAACAAAGCAAAAAGCAAGACGAUGUAGAAGAAGCAGACGACGACGAUGACUAUUCCGACGACUACGACGACGACGACGACGAUUACUCGUCAGAAGAAUACGAUGACGACGAAGAUGACGAGGACGACGACUACGACGAACAAGUCGUCUCCGGCCAGGCCAUGCAGCCCUACCAACCCGCCGGCGGCCAGCAGGCUAUGAACAACAGUGGUUCGAUGAACGUGAUGCCCCAGGCCAAGCAAGGGUCCAGCUUGGACGACGCAGACGGCAUGAAGCUCAAGCUGGAACUCAACCUCGAGAUCGAGGUCGAGCUCAAGGCUCACAUCCACGGUGAUCUGACUCUCGCUCUGAUUGAGAUCGGUUGA